AUGCGAAGAGGCAGUUUCAAUCUACUAUGUGACACUCUCCGACCGUGGCUGACCCGACAGAACACUAAAUACAGACGGCCAGUGCCUGUAGAGGCUCGUGUUGCAAUUUGUAUUUGGAGGUUAGCCACAAACCUGGAGUACAGGUCCAUCUCACACCUCUUUGGUGUUGGAUUAUCAACAUGUUGCACUAUCACCCAAGAGGUUGUGACUGCCAUAAAUGUGGUCAUGAAGCCUCUGUACAUCAAGCAUCCCUCCGCAGCAGAGUUCAGACAGGUAAUACAGGGUUUUCGAGACAAAUGGAGAUUCCCUCAGGUGGCCGGUGCGAUAGAUGGGACCCAUAUCAAGAUCAGAGCUCCACCUGACAACUCCACUUGUUAUUACAACCGGAAGGAAGACCAUUCCAUCAUUCUGCAAGGUGUGGUGGACCACAGAAUGAGAUUCUGGGAUAUUAAUGUUGGGCGACCAGGCAGAAUACACGAUGCCCGUGUAUUCUCCCUCUCAUCAUUGUAUGAGCGUGGCAGUGCAGGCACCCUUUUACCUCAUUGGACUGAAACGUUUGAGGGGGUCGACGUGCCUCUUUUUCUUUUGGGUGAUUCGGCUUACCCUCUACUAACUUGGCUCAUGAAAGCUUACCCAGAAGGAGGAGCAGUAACACCACAGCAGCUCAACUUCAACCACAAAUUAAGCCAAGCCCGCAUGACAGUUGAGUGUGCCUUUGGGUGCCUCAAAGGACGCUGGCGUUGCCUUCUUAAAGAAAAUGACGCCCACAUAACUUUUGUAAGCCGCAUUGUUUCUGCUUGCUGUGUGCUGCAUAAUUUCUGUGAGGUGCAGAAGGAGGAAUUUCUGGAGGGAGAAAGAGUUGCAGAGGAAGACGGACCUGUACACGACGAGCAGGGGCACACACAGCAGCAACAUGUCAUUAGAAAUGCACUCUGUAGCUACUUUGCUACAAUAUGA